CACUGUCUUGUUUAAAUAAUGUGUUAGAAAUAAAUCAUAACUCAUGGUUAAGAAGAAUAUACAUGAAGCAAAGGAGCAUUUUAUAAAAUACGUUUCAGUUGGAGAAACAAUGUUUUGUAUUUGCACGGAUAUUUGUAGAUCAAAUGUGGAUAUCUCUUUUUACCAUGUUUUUGCUCAUGUAGUUCCUGAAAUAUUUGCCUGAUUGAUUCUUCAAAUAUGGAAAACGGAGAAAAAUGGAUUUUCUUUGGCGUGGCAUAUACGCUUUGUGUACUAGAAUUUGGCUUCGUGUUUUCAUUUGGAGCUCUACUUCCUUUACUACUUGAAACCUUUAGUACGGAUAGAUUCACUGCAUCCUUGGUGCAAUCUCUUUUAAUAGGUGUUGCAUCAUGCUUUUGUAUAGUAAGUGGAAUUUUAAUCAACAAAUUUGGAUUUCAUGUCGUGGUACUAUUAUCGAGCGUUCUGGUAUCAACAGGAUUUUCCGUUUCAUUCAUCAUCACAGACAUUUGGUAUUUGUAUGUAACUGUUAGCAUUAUGGCAGGUACUGGUAUUUCAAUGAUUCAUGUAACUUCCAUUACACUUGUGAGCAAAAUCUUCGAUGGAAAACAAAGACCUUUUUGUCUGGCAAUGCUUGGAACCGUUGUCCCAUUUGCGGGAAUAUUUUAUCCUUAUUUCUUAGAAUUAGUAUCGACUAAGUAUGGCUUAAACGGAACAUUGUUACUGAUCGGUGGGAUUUUUUCUAACAAUUAUGUCUUCUUUGUCAUGUUAUGGUUUCGUCGAAAUGUACUUACUCAGGAAAUAGAAAGAGACCCAGGAUAUGAAAAUGUUGAACGUAUGGCAACACACAACUCCAGGACAAUGAAUCUAUCUUUAAUGUUCAAAGAAAUAGCAACAGGUCGGAUUAUCUGCCUUCUUUUAUCUACCUCAAUAGUCUUAUCUUCAUUAAAUGGAUUUUUAAGUUUUGCUUUUGACAUCGCUAAGUGGAAAGGAUUUCAGAACGCAGAGGUUAAUCUGCUUUUUGUUAUUCAUAAUAUCGCGUCUUGUAUUUUAAGCCUCGUUCAAGGUAUAAUAAGGCAACACAUUGAAAUAGAUUUAUAUUUGUAUCCGAUUGGGUUUGCUAUUUUGGCAACAGCAGGGGGUCUUUUAUUACUUUUAGGGGAAAAGUUUGCUGUUUUUGCAGUAGGAAUCGCACUUUUAGGAUCUGUGGAAUGUAUCCUGUCUUCUGCUAACAUUAUUAGCGUUCAUUUAGUGUGUUCACAACAGAUCGAUGUAGUAAUUGGAACUAUGCAGACAUCUAUUGGUUUUCUUUCAAUCUUCAUUGGACCUCUGUUUGGUACUAUAAGGGACAAUUCUGGAUCUUAUGACGGCUGUUUCCUGGUUUUAAUUGGUACUCAGGCUUGCUCUGCAAUACUGUUUGUUGCUGAUUUCAUUUUAAGAAACCGGAAAGAAAAAUCAAACGUCGAGAUUGUUGUCACAGGACCCACAGAAGUACGAAUGUGAUAAAAAGCUGUUUGAAUAUUGAUCAUAAGUUAUGUAGUUUAUAGAUAUGGUUUUGUAGUAUUGAAUGUUUCUGUUGUUGUUUCUUUCAGAAGUUAUUAUUAUUACAAGCAAAUAAGAGUUGCUAGGGGGCGUGAGGUAUGUCGCACGUUUUCAGUAUCCCUCAUGUACAGACUCAAUCAAACCAAGUCUGCAAUUCUCUUGUAAUUUUGAUGGGAUUAAUGCUUCCGAGGGAUUACUUUGUUUCCAGAUUUUUGAAUAUUUGCAAAUUUACACCAUAACUUCAAAAUCAAAACUAUAGAUAAAUGUUGCAUUAUUGAUCGAGUGAAAUUGUACUGUAUGUGCAUUUUAAAUUGAUAAAUCAGAAAAUUUAUCACUGUUAUAGGAAAGCAAUCUAUUGAAACUCAAGUAACAAUUUAACAAUAAGAAAUAAUAUUUUGCUUUCAUUGUCUACAAAACCUAAAGUAUAGCUUUUAAUAUAGACUUUUAUAUACGAAAAAAAUGAUUUUCAAAUCAGGCACAGAGAAACAUCCCCAUAAGUUCUCUUUUAAUAAGAUUGAUAGUAAAGGUACAAUGUCGUAGCAAAUAAGUUUAGCUUAACGUCAAUGGUAAAUCAUUCUUUGAGAGGAGAUGUACGACAAUAGUAAAUAGGACUGCAUGUUACAUAAGGGCCGUGGAUCAAACUACUACUGAAGUCAAGGGUACAAUUUUAAAUACAAAAAUCAAGUAGGAAACUGUCACGAGAAUGGUUUAAAUAAGCUUCGCACUUUCAUUUCAAUACAAUACAUUCUAACUUGUUCUAUAUUUUAAAUAAUGCAAAGUACAUGCAUUUAAAUGUAUUACACAUGUAAUAAUGCAUUUAAAAAUAAAUAUCUCAUCCAAAUCGUUAUUGUUUGACACACAUGUUGUUUAACCAACAUCUAUAAAAUGUUAAUUUUAGUAUAUACGACAAAAAAAACAAC